UACUCUUCUUUUUUUUUAUCCACAAGGAUACACGCAAACAUGUAUAUGAUGUUCCAGAGAAAAAAUAAGAAGGACACCUCAACAGAUCACAGCUAUGUCGUUUUUUAAAGUAUCAGAACACUAGGUUCAGAAUAUGAAGCUUGCUUGGCUCCCGACACUGGUUGCAGCUCUCUUUUUACAUCCAGUUGCUGCUUCUCAAACGGUUAAGUGUGAGGAAGCAGCAAAAAACUAUACUUCUGUUCCUCCUGGCCUAGACAAAAAUGUUUCUAUACUAGUUCUCAGUUACAACAGCAUCACUUUAAAUGAAAGUGAUACCACAAAUCUUCAAAAGUACAUGAAUAUUACAGAAUUAUACCUAAGCAACAAUUCCAUUUCUAUUCUCCGUAAUUUUACUUUUGACAAACUUUCAAAAUUAGCAGUUCUAGAUGUAAGCAAUAAUUCUAUCAGUACAGUUGAACAAGCAGCAUUUGCUGGUUUAAAUAAACUAAAGAUUUUGCACCUACAGAAUAACAAAAUUGUGCAAUUAGAUUCCAGUGUGUUUGUAUUGCUAAAGAGCUUGGUGGUCUUAAACCUAAAAAAUAACCUUAUGAGAUAUUUUGAUGCAAAAAUAUCCCUUAAUUUAACCAAUGUCACAUUAAUUGGAAAUCCAUGGAAUUGUUCAUGUGACCUCAUUAGUUUACAGAGUUGGCUGAAGACCACUAAAGUAACCAUGGAAAAUGAGAACGGUACUGUGUGUAUGUCUCCAAGCAGCCUGAAAAAACAACCUAUCAAGACCGCAAUUAUAGCUGACUGCGAGAAAAGAGAGAUGACGACUGAAGCAACCAUCUUAUCUUUUACUUCUCUUAAGUCAACUAAUGAUAGUCUAUCUCUGCAUAAUGGUACAAAUAGAAAAGCACUAAUGUCAGGUGUGGAUGUUCAUCGUCCUGGCAAAAGUUGGACCUUUCUGAUUGGUGUCCUGGUUGUUGUUAUCAGUAUUUCAUUGCUGAUUGGAAUGGUCAUCAAAUUCCCAGUAUGGUACCGUUAUUUGAUUAGCUAUAAUCAUAGUCGUUUGGAGGAAGACGAACCAGAGAUGUUUGAAGAAACUUUCACAUCUCAUAACUGCGCAUUCCCACAUACACCAGGUACCAAUGAAGAAGAAUCAGUUGUGGUUUUUGAACAAUUUCAUACAUUUGUUCCAGAAGAAGAUGGAUUUAUUGAAGACAAAUAUAUUGAUACAUGAAGAGUUACUAUGAAUGUUGCCGUCUGAAUCUCUCUGCCCCAUUCUGAAAUAUGUGCUAAGGGCUGUCAUAUCUGUAGCUUUAUAAAGCAAUGGGCUAAAAAAACCAAACUGUUGCUGCUUGUGAUUAAUCAAAAUAUGCACUAUUUAAUCUUGGCAUCAUUACAGAAAACCACUAUUGGUGAAAUGGUGUUGGAGGAUCAAAGGUUUUUUUGUAUGUAAAUCAGGGCAUUUUGCUUGGGUACCUGAAAGAGAAAUAUAGCCCUAUACAGUCGUACCUCGGCUCCCAAACGCCUUGGGACUUGAACGUUCCGGUUCCCGAAUGAUCAAAAACCAGAAGCGAGUCUUCCAGUUUUCGAACAUUUUUUUGGAAGCCGAAUGUCAGGUGCGGCUUCUGCUAUUGUUUCUGGCGCACCUGCACAAUCGGAAACCAACUGGAAGCUGUGCCUUGGUUUCCAAAUGUUUCAGAAGUCAAAUGGACUUCCAGAACGAAUUCUGUUUGACUUCUGAAGAACAGCUGUAUAUUUAAAAACAGGCAAAACAAGGGUCUGGCAUGCUAAGGAAGUCAUUACACAAAUCAUUAAGGAGGCAUCCCCUGGAGUUUAGAGUCUGACCGUCAAUGAAGAAGAAAUAACAUCUUCUGUGUCUGAACAUCCAGAAAUAUGUAAUUAAUUAAAAUAAUUCUAAUUAA